GCCCCCCUAGCCGUCGGUGCUGCCCCACGGGCGUCCCGCACCAUGGCGCUGUCCUGGAGGAGCUGGCUGGCCAACGAGGGGAGCAAGCACCUCUUUCUGUUUUUCUGGCUCUCCCUCAAUGUAUGGCUCUUCUGGAAAACCUUCCUGCUCUAUUAUCAAGGGCUGCAGUAUUAUUAUUUGCAUCAGAUGUUAGGGCUAGGAUUGUGUGUUAGCAGAGCUUCAGCAUCUGUCCUCAAUCUCAACUGCUGCCUGGUCCUUCUACCAAUGUGCCGCGUUAUCUUGGCCUUCCUGCGGGGAUCUCAGAAGGUUGCCAGCAAGAAAACCAGAAGGCUGCUAGACAAAAGUAAAACUUUCCAUGUGACAUGUGGUGUUACAAUAUGCAUCUUUUCAGUCUUACAUGUUGCUGCUCAUCUGGUGAAUGCUCUUAACUUCUCUGAGAACUACAAUGAAGAAUUUCUGGCCAUAAAUGCAGCAAACUAUCGUGGUGAGGACCCAAGGAAACUACUUUUUGCAACUGUUCCAGGUCUGACUGGAGUCAUUAUGGUGUUAGUAUUAUUCCUAAUGUGUACAGCUUCCACGUUUGCCAUCAGGGUUUCAAACUAUGACAUCUUCUGGUAUACACACAACCUUUUCUUUGUCUUCUAUAUGCUGCUGAUGCUGCAUGUUUCUGGGGGAGUGCUCAAGUACCAGACCAACUUACAGGAACACCCUCCUGGUUGCUUUAAUCCUAACAAAACGUCCCGACAGAAUCUGACUGAGCCAAAGGCUUUUGAAGAGCUGUUUCCUGACUAUACUACUGAGCCUUUCCCAGAGGACUUACCAGUACCGGAACCUUUUGUACAAAAUCACUUUAUGAGAAUUUGUUCCGAGGAACCCAAGUUCCAGUCACACUUCCCAGAGACCUGGUUUUGGAUUUCUGGACCUCUGUGCUUGUACUGUGUGGAAAGGCUAUACCGCUACAUCCGCAGCAAUAAACCAGUCACCAUAACUUCGGUAAUAAGCCAUCCCUCCAACGUCCUUGAAGUAAGGAUGGUGAAAGAUGACUUUGAAGCAAGGCCUGGUCAGUAUGUCAUUCUACACUGUCCAAGAGUGUCUGCCCUGGAAAGCCAUCCAUUCACCCUUACAAUGUGCCCUACAGAUACCAAAGCAACGUUUGGGGUCCACGUAAAAAUAGUAGGAGACUGGACAGAAAGAUUUCGGGAUUUACUGCUUCUACAUUCAAAUCAAGAUACAGAGAUUCUGCCCAUCUUUCAGCAGAGACGCUAUCCCAAACUUUAUGUGGAUGGACCUUUUGGAAGUCCCUUUGAGGAAGCCCUGAACUACGAGGUCAGUCUCUGCGUGGCUGGAGGUAUUGGAGUUACACCAUUUGCAUCAGUACUCAACACACUGCUGGAUGGCUGGAAAUGCUACAAGCUCAGAAGACUCUACUUCAUUUGGGUGUGCAGGGACAUUGAGUCUUUUCGCUGGUUUGCAGAUCUGCUCUGUAUGUUGCAUAACAAGCUUUGGCAGGAGAAUCGGCCAGACUAUAUAAAUAUCCAGCUGUACCUCAGUCAAACAGAUGGAAUACAGAAAAUAAUUGGUGAAAAAUAUCAAGCUUUAAACUCCAGGCUUUUGAUUGGACGACCCCAGUGGAAACUCCUGUUUGAUGACAUAGCAAAGUGUAACAGGCGGAAGACCAUUGGAGUUUUCUGUUGUGGACCAAACAAAAUCUCUAAGAUACUUCAUAAACUGAGCAACAGCAGCAACUCUUAUGGGACAAGGUUUGAGUACAAUAAAGAAUCCUUCAGCUGAAAGUCUGUUGGAAUAACAAGACUCUCUGGAAGAUAAAAGUGCAAUUUUUUUGUUUUGUACAACUUAGAAGUUCAUCUGUGGUUUAAACAGACAGAAAUAUACCAAAGCAUAGCACAGAUGUUUUUAUUUAUGAUUAUUUAAGACUGUGGAUGCAGCAGUAUACCAACAAAUAAUCAGUGCUUAUACUCAAAUGCGCUCACACAAUAUUUGUGGCAGGAGUGAUCUUUGGAAUUGUUUCUGUUAAUUAAAAAGAACAGAAGCUGGGGAGAGACGCAAUUGUUUUGAAAGCUGAUGGAAGAAGAAUCUGUGGAACCUUUACACUUCCUCCACUUCAGUCCUCUGAAGCUGGAUCAGCAAACCAAACCCCAGGUUUAUUCAAAUGACAAAAUAUAGUGUAUUACAAAGACUCUUGCUUUUGUUGGUGUUAAAAUCUCAUGGCUUUGGGGUGAAAACACUCCAUAUUAAAGAUUUUAUUAUACAUUGCAGAACUGGGAUUCUAUAUUUAAAAUAUAGUGUUACUCUCACUAGUCUACUUCUGUAAUGAAGUUAACCUAAGGAAACAUGAGCAUAACUGUGUAGCACCAGUGGGCAGCCUUCACUGUGAUGUCAGUCAUAGCCUUUUGGCAAGCAAGCAGCUAUACAUGGAGAAGUCUCUAUCUUGCAUCAAUUCAGCAUUCAGUGGGUUUGCAGAGUAUGUAUGAUUUAUGAACCAAGAAAGUGAUGAACACAAGCAAACAGGAUCUCAAGUUUUAUUAUACCACCCAAUGUGGAAGUUUCACUCACUCUGCAUUCACAUGCCCUGAAUGGCAAAUACCUAAGGUAUUCAGAUGCUCUUACUGAUUAUUUUACAACACAGCAGGUUGAAAUCCAGUUUUAGACGUCCCAGUAUGUUUGGUUGACUGUGAUCCUUUGAGUACUUUCCUUGGAGCCAUCUUUGUUUGUCCUGAUGUCACUAAAAGCAGGAUGAGAUGACAUCUAUGUCAGAGUAAGAAUUAAGUCCUCAGCACUGUGGCUUCUUGAAUGGUGUGUGCAGAUAGAAACCUUACAGGAGCUGCAGUAUGCUUUCAGUGCACUCCAAAGGGGAAAAUCUGAAACAUCCAAAUUUAAGCUCUCCUUCCCUUCUCCUUUCCACAGCUUUUUUUCUGCUCAUAAUUGCCAUGGAAGGGCUAAAGGAUGAAACAGGCACUUUAUAGCUUUUUGAUUCUGAGGAGCACCUUUUUUUAAAUCCAUCCAAUAGCCCAUCCAACUUUCUUUAUUUCUUCUUUUCUCCUUUUCCUUAUUUUGCUGAGAAGAAGGCAUUUAAGCAGGAGUCAGACACUUAGCUGCCAUAAAUAGUCACCACUUUAGUGCCUCUUAAUAGAGCAUCAUCACUAACAUGCUUAAAACCUUCCCCUUAAUCUCCAGCAGAAGUCUGGGAGCAGUACCAUGUAUGUUUCCAGCAUACACAGGUGAAGGAUGGCUCUGGAAGUCUUAUGCCUGUGGUUCACCUGUAUUUAGCACAGUGCAUUUGAUUUCAUUUACAUCUUUCCAAAGACAACCCUUUUUAUUUUAGUGGAAAAGACAUUAAAUUUUCACUCACAACACACACUGUUCAGGAGUUUGCAGGUAUCAGUAUAAUGUUUAGAGAGAAGCAUUUUUCUAGUAGGUGAUGUAUAGGCAUGUUGUAUGUGCAACUAGUGAGGAUGAGUUGGGUCUUUGCCUUGGCAGCUUCUGCGAAGGAGUUGCACUCAGUGAGCAUCAGGGUGAAGGUGCAUCAGUGAAGCCACAUUGGAAUGUUUUCUCAGUGUCUGGACUUGCAACUGGAGUUUUUACCUCUGGCUCUGCCCAAUUUGAAAUUCAGGGAGGAAGGAAAGAACAGAGAUGGAUGAAUUCCUGCUGAUGAGAAUUUUCAAAGUAGCCCAGAUGAGAGAAACCAGAAUAGAAAUGCAAUGUGAGAUGGGAGCCUACAUUACAGCUACUAAUUUUAAUUAUUUUUCUUUUUGAGGCUGGGAGGACCAUUAUUUUCCUAUUGGAUCUCACUCACCCAUCACUGUAAAACUAGAGGUAUGCAGCAAAGGAUUAGACUCUUUUUAAUCAGUAAGAUUUAUUUUUAAUUCUAC